ACGAAAUUAAAAAUGUCAGACAAUCCCACCCCGCAAGCUCCUCAGCAGCAGAACGCAGACGAGAUAGACACACUUACGUUGAGAGCUUUAGUCUCGACCAAAGAAGCUGGUAUCAUUAUCGGUAAAGGGGGUAAGAACGUCGCAGACUUGAGGGAGAGAACCGGUGUGAAAGCUGGCGUGAGCAAAGUUAUAGCAGGCGUACACGAGAGAGUCUUGUCUAUUACAGGUUCAACUUCCGCAAUCGCUGAUGCAUUCUCUAUCAUCGCUCAAACAAUCUUAGACAACCCUUUGAAUCCAUCAACAGCUCCUUUACAAUCGCCUCCGUCCGCGACAACGGCCAUUAGAUUGCUCAUUUCACACAACCUCAUGGGUACCGUCAUAGGUAGACAGGGCAUCAAAAUAAAACAGAUUCAAGAUACUUCAGGUGUUAGAAUGGUUGCUUCAAAGGAGCUACUCCCUCAAUCUACUGAAAGGAUUGUCGAAGUGCAAGGUACAGUCGAAUCAAUACAUAUCGCCAUCAAUGAUAUUGCUAAAUGCCUCUUGGAAGACUGGGAUAGGUACUCAGGUACCAUCUUAUACACACCUGCUCCACCUAACGAACACAGUUUAUUCAAUAGCUCAUUCAACAAUUCCUCCAUCAGAUCAAUCAACUCAGUCAGACGACCAGACAACUUUAACAUGCAAUCAUUAAACUCUGCAUUACCUCAACCUCGUGACGUACGAACUCAACACAUUUCUAUUCCUUCAGACAUGGUUGGACCAAUCAUCGGUAGAGCUGGCUCUAGAAUUUCUGAAAUCAGAAGAUUAUCAACCGCCAAAAUCAUUAUAGCAAAGCAACCACACGAUGAAACAGGUGAAAGACUUUUCACUAUAAUAGGGACACCAGAAGCUAACGAGAAAGCUUUGAUUCUUCUUUACUCCCAGCUCGAGAAUGAGAAAGAAAGACGCAUUAGGGGUGAUGCAGAAGCCUGAUUGAUUACACAUCAUUAUUUUAUAACUCUUCAAACUUUCGUGGACCUUUUCAAACUAAUAUUUUCCCUUUACUCACUCAAUUCUUGAAUUUUUUAACGAAAAAUAUCAUCCACACAUUUCUGACAUUUUAUUGUUACCUUGCCCUCCAC